AUGUUUGAAAAAAAUUUAACUGAUUUAAUUCGUGGAAUAAGAGCGAAUAAGAAACAUGAACAAAAAUACAUUGCAACCUGUUUACAAGAAAUACAUCAAGAAGUUAAAUGUAAUGAUCCUGAUGUGAAAGCAAUGGCUAUUUCAAAAUUAACCUAUCUUCAAAUGUUGGGCUAUGACAUGUCUUGGGCAUCUUUUCAUGUUGUUGAGGUAAUGUCUUCACCAAAAUUUACACAAAAAAGAACAGGAUAUUUAGCAGCUGCACAAUCUUUUCGUCAAGACACCGAUGUAUUAAUGUUGACAACUAAUUUAUUGAAAAAAGAUUUAGCCUCUGGAAAUCAUCUUGAAGUUGGUGUAGCUCUUAAUGGACUCUCACAUUUAGUAACUCCAGAUCUUGCACGUGAUCUAUGUCAAGACUUGGUUUCUAUGCUUAACCAUUCUAGGCCUUAUAUUAGAAAAAAAGUAGUUCUUGUGCUUUAUAAAAUUUUCCUGAGAUUUCCUGAGGCAUUGAGAAUUAGUUUUCCAAGAUUAAAAGAAAAAUUGGAUGAUCCUGAUCCAUACAAUUUAAAUAAGUUUAAAAUACUACAUGAUUUUUUUGAAAAUUCUUUAUUAGGAGAGAUAUUUAAUGAAUCAAAAUGUUCAAUUAAUUAUGAUGAUAAAACUUUAUUUAAUAAUAAUAAUAAAUCAUUAAUGAAGUCUGCAUCAGAAAUCACUUGUAAUAUUUUAUCUAAAUUAUUUACCGAAGUUUCACAUCAUCAAACUAUCGGAAACAAAUCUAUAUUUUUAAUAUUUGCUCAACACCUGGAUAAUACAUUGGUACCUUAUAUGAGAAUGAUAGAUGAUUGGAUAUGUAAGGGGGUUUUAAAUGAUCCUGCAAAUGAAUUUUUUAUUAAACAAUUUCCUGAUUUUUUAUCACCUUUGGUGAGUAGGAUUUUAUUUUCUGGAAAAGCUCGUAAUUUACUAAUGACAUUAAAAUCAAAUGAGAAUAUUGACAAAUAUGUGGAAAAUCUUGAAGAUGUUAAAGGAAACAACAAUCACAGUGAUAGUGAUAAUGAUAUUUUUGAUAAAUAUGAAAACACAAAAAGUUCCAAGGAUAAUAAUAAAAAUGACAACACAAGUAGCCAAUCAAACCAUGAUGGUGAUGGUGAGACUAUUAAAUUGCUAGAAAUUGGAAAAUUGCCAGAUAUGAAUCAGAUUGUUGAUAUAUAUCCAAAGGUUAUUUCUUAUCAGUUUCCACUUUUAUUAUUAUUAACUCAAUCAAAGACAAAGAAAGAAGGAAAUAUAACUACAACUGCAACAAAAAGUGAAUUGAAUGUUUCUUUGCCUCGAUAUGAAAAGAUAGGACAACAACUUUACAAGGCUUUAGUUAGACAAUGUGAUCUUUGGAAACAUUUAAAAGCACUUUCUGGGAUGUAUUUUAUGUUACAGGGUGAAUCUAUGCAUCAAUUAUGUGAUAUAAUAUUUGAUAGGAUUGAUAAAAAGCAAGUUUGGUAUGAUGGAUAUGUUAUUAACCAUAUUUUUCUAAACGUUGUAGAAAAUUUUAAAUGGUUAGAUAAAAAUUUAGUUAGUGCUUGGAUUGAUGAUGAUGAUUCUACAAAAAGACCAAAUACAACAACUGUUAACGUUUUUGAAAAAAUUGUUAUUGAUUAUCGUGUAACAAAACGAGCAAAAUACCUUUUGGAAAGAUUAGCAUUUACCAGGAUUCAAAGUCAUCUAGAAAAAACAGCAGCCAUGAUAUUAUUUUAUGGUGUCAGAAUAAAAUUAUUAUGGUUUUUAAAUACAAUUUAUGAUUAUACAAUGAGAACAAUACUUCAUUCAGAAACUGAAAAUUUUCAUAAAAAAAUGAAACAAAUUUUUGACGUUGAUGAAAUGGUAAAAAUGCAUGAACAAUUUAUUCAAACAACAUAUGAUAGAUGUUUACUCAAUGAAAAGGCAAAACCUAUUCAUAAUUCAAUAUUGGAUGUAUUUAAUUUGACAAUACAAUUUACUACGUUAUAUACAAGAUAUCAAGAGGAUGAUCAAUGGAUCAGGCCAAAUAAAAAUGAUAACAAACCAUUGAUACCUUCAAUAGUAGACUAUGAAGACUUUCUCCAAGGUCUAACUAUAAUUGAUAAGGAAUUCAAUAGACAUAAAGAAUUUAUAACUGAUACCGCUAGAGAAAUUGCAAAAGUUGGAGGUUUUUGGUGGCUUGAUUCUUUAGCACUGUCAUUAGGAUAA